GAGCGAGGGAGCGAGCGAGGCGGAGGCUGCUUAGCGGCCGGAGCGCAGCGAUGCCGAAGUCAAAGGAACUUGUGUCUUCAAGCUCGUCUGGCAGCGAUUCCGACAGUGAAGUGGACAAAAAGUUAAAGAGGAAAAAGCAAGUCGCUCAGGAAAAGCCUGUGAAGAAGCAGAAGACGGGCGAGACCUCCCGAGUCCUGUCCUCUCCCAAACAGAGCAGCAGCAGCAGAGACGACAACAUGUUCCAGAUUGGGAAAAUGAGGUACGUCAGUGUUCGAGACUUUAAGGGGAAAGUUCUGAUUGAUAUUCGAGAAUACUGGAUGGAUUCAGAAGGUGAAAUGAAGCCAGGAAGAAAAGGCAUUUCUCUAAAUCCAGAGCAGUGGAGCCAGCUGAAGGAACAGAUUUCUGACAUUGAUGAUGCAGUAAGGAAACUAUAAAAUCCGAGCCACGUGACACCUGUGAUGUCCUAGUUGUUUUAACCUGUCUUUUUACAUUGGCUUUUGUUUUCUGAACGUUGUUUUCCAAGCUAUUGUAUAUUUGGAUCGCAGAACAAUUUUUAAGAUGAAUACUUUUUUUUAUGUGCAUUAUUAAAAAUGUUCUGAGUGAA